GACGUGAACCUGUUUGUGAUAAUACAUGAGUAUAUCUCCUUUUUGUUUCUACAGAACAUAUAAAGCAUGUUUUGGCAUUAGAACACGAGAGUGUUACUAUGUACACUUCCUGUUAACAGUAGAAAUGAUUCUCAUGCCCAUCUCAUGUCUGUAUAAAUACCAAAGAACUCAUCCUCAUCACCGUACAUCUCUCUUCUUGUCUUUGCUUCUUUGUUUUUCAAGCUUUACUAAUUUAUCUCCUAUUCAUUUCACAUGGCGCAACUGUAUUCUUCAAUGAAACCCACGCCAAUGCUGAAAGAUGAGCUAGACAUCGUGAUACCAACCAUCCGAAACCUAGAUUUCCUCGAGAUGUGGCGACCCUUCUUUGAACAAUACCAUCUGAUCAUCGUUCAAGAUGGUGAUCCUUCGAGAACCAUCAACAUUCCUAAAGGUUUCGACUACGAGCUCUACAACAGGAACGACAUCAACCGUAUCUUGGGUCCCAAGUCUUCUUGCAUUUCCUUCAAAGACUCUGCUUGUCGUUGCUUUGGUUACAUGGUCUCCAAGAAGAAGUACAUCUACACCAUUGAUGAUGAUUGCUUUGUUGCAAAAGAUCCAUCUGGAAAAGAGAUCAAUGCGCUUGAGCAGCAUAUCAAGAACCUCUUAACUCCAUCAACCCCACAUUUCUUUAACACACUCUAUGAUCCUUAUGGUGAUGGAGCAGACUUUGUUCGUGGAUACCCUUUUAGUAUGCGUGAAGGUGCUAUAACCGCUGUCUCUCAUGGCCUUUGGCUCAACAUCCCUGACUAUGAUGCUCCUACUCAGCUUGUGAAGCCUCUUGAAAGAAACUCCAGGAAAAUUUUUAUCAUCCACUGAAAGCUUAAACGAUGAUGAAGUAGCUACUGGUAUGUUGAUGCGGUGAUGACCAUUCCCAAAGGAACUCUCUUCCCUAUGUGUGGUAUGAACCUCGCUUUUGAUAGGGAGCUGAUCGGUCCGGCUAUGUACUUUGGACUUAUGGGUGAUGGGCAGCCAAUAGGACGCUACGACGACAUGUGGGCUGGUUGGUGUGUCAAGGUCAUAUGUGACCACAUGGGAUGGGGAGUGAAAACAGGUUUGCCAUACAUAUGGCACAGCAAAGCCAGCAACCCAUUCGUGAACCUGAGAAAGGAAUACAAUGGGAUCUUCUGGCAAGAAGAGGCGAUACCUUUCUUUCAAUCUCUGACUCUUCCUAAAGAAUGCACUUCGGUGCAGCAAUGCUACAUGGAGCUGGCUAAGCUAGUGAAAGAGAAACUCGGGAAGGUGGAUCCUUACUUCGUCAAGCUUGCAGAUGGAAUGGUCACUUGGAUCGAAGCUUGGGAGGAGCUUAAUCCUCAAGAUGGAACUGAGGCCAAGGCACCAAACGGCAAAGAUGAGUAAAAGAGAAAUGUUACAAGAAGAGGAGUGCUUGUGAGUAACAUCAUUUUCUUUCUUUUUUAAUUAUUGUUGC